AUAAUAAAAAACUGGUCCCAAUUUCCCAACAACCCAACUCCCAUUUCCAUGCCUCUCUCUCACUUCUUGCUUCUUCCUUCUUUCUCUCAAUCUCUGUCUUAUUUCCUUCUUCUUCCGUUGCUUUAAAGCCAAGAGAAAUGGGUACAUGUGCUUCCGUUUACACCAGAUCGGAAUGCUCCGCCGUGAAGUCACCGGCGCCGCCGGAAUCCAUGACAGACAAGUUUGAGAUUCCACCUUCACCUAUCAAACACUUUAAGCUCCAAAACAAAACCGAUUCCGCCAUUAAAGACAUCUCUGUAAUAUCCAAUCACCACAAGACGCCUUCUGGUAGUAAAGAAGAAGCUUUCUUUGAUUCUCGAGCGUGGUUGGAUUCUGAUUGUGAAGAUUUCUUCAGUGUCAAAGGAGAUUUUACCCCUUCAUGCGGCAACACUCCACUUCACCACCGCUUUCCGGCGGAAACUCCCCGUACUAGCAAAGUCGGUGCCGACAACGAACCAUCUACAUUCAACUCGCCGCCAUUAUCGACGAAGAGGAGAAAGAAACUGGUUGAUCUGUUCCGAGAGAGCCUCGGUAAUGAUGCAAGUUUUGCUUUCCUAAAUCACGACGACAAUCGAAAAGCCGAUGAACCUUGCCUUUCAGGAACUGAUUCGGUCUGCGACAGCGAGAGGACCGGCAGCGGCGGUGACGAAAAUCCGAUCGGAUUCGAGUCGAAACUGUGUUGCCUUCCGCCGCUGGUAUCGCGUAACAGUUCGCGGGAGAGGAAAGAGGAUCUGAAGGUUGUUAAUGGCGUAUCUUGAGCCCUAAAUGGAUGGAAAAUUAACGAAGUAGGGCAAAAGCAGCGGGUAAUUGCGGAGGAGAGGUGGGACCUUGAACUUCCAGGUUUGCUAUUUAUGAAUCGAAAUAAAUCAGAUCCUCUGUAAAUGGAUUUGUUUUUUUCCAAGAAGGUGGAACGAGCAUUUGAAGAUCGGAAUAUAAAAUGUGAAUAUUUAUUAUUGCAAUAGAAGCGAAAUUGUAAUCUUUUACUCUCUGUUUUCUUUUUGUUUUCCCUUAUGGAACAAAUGAAGGGAAGGGUUGGGAUCGGAAAAUGGUAAAAAAUUCCAAGUUUCACAUUUUUACAAUAAGUACACUUUUUCAAAUCUUUUAGGGGGAGAGCCCAACUCAUUGUUUGGGAGACCAAUGUCGUAUAUGAUCAAUAUCUUUUACCAUA